AUGCAGCGAGAAAGCGAGGUGGAUCGGCUGGCCAGCCUGCAAGUAGAGCUGAGGCACAAGAAGAUGCGAGCCGCGGCGGUAGGCCGCUCCUUGGAGGCUCUGCGACGCAGGAAGAGAAACUUGGACGAGGAGCUGGAGGAGAUGCUGAUCGUCUCUGAGCUUCGCAGAGUCUAUGAGCUCGAGGCAUCGCAGGUGCUGCAAGCUCAGGAGGGACAGGUCAGGGCAGGAGGAGAGCAGUUGGUUCCCAUGCCGAAUACUGUCGAGCGGUCGGUUGCCACCAUGGAGGCAUCAGAUGCUGGCGGGGAAAGGACGAGCAUGCAGAUGCCAGUUGUCAGACAGGAGGAUAGCGGUGUUCGGGAGGCAGCACAGGGAGCGAUGCAGGAGGGAGCGCGUGCUCGGACCGCUGACGACGAAGAUACUUCGUCGCAGAGUGAUAAUCACGAUGACAACGAGGAUGCAACAAAAACCUCCGACCCUUCACAGGGAGGAGACUGA